CCGACCGCAACCCGGGAGUGCCUCCUCUCUCCCGGACCUCGAGUUCGCCCUGAAUAAGACUUUUCCUCUCCUUUCCACCUGCAUCCGCGUAGGAAAAAUCCCUUCUAUAUUCAGUAAACAUUCCGCCGUGCCGCGACAAACCGAGUGAAACGAUCUAAACGCCAAGCGCGCAUAAAUGGGCGUCAGAUUCUUAUAAAUUCUCUAUAUAUUUUCUUUUUUUUUUCCGAGUGAUUCAGGCGGUUUUCAGGGCGGAUUUCAAUUUCCCCAUAGAGUGGAGAGGCGCGCAUCGUUGCUCGUCGACAGCGAAACCGGGAGCACGUCAGGCCAGAGACCAGGGAACGGAUCCAGGAGAAAUGGCCGACAGAGUCUAUCAUCCCCAUGCGGAGCUCGCCAAGAUCGCGCACUGCUCCGGGAUGGACCACUACAGGCGGAUGCACAAGAGGUCCAUCGAGUACCCGGCGCAGUUCUGGGGCGAGAUCGCGAAGCAGUUCUACUGGGAGAACCCGACGAGCGACGACAAAUUCUUCUCCUACAACUUCGACCUGAACCAAGGGGACGUCUACAUUAAAUGGAUGGAGGGGGCCACGACGAACCUGAGCUUCAAUCUGCUCGACAAGAACGUGAAGAGCGGCAACGGGGACAAAAUCGCGUUCUACUGGGAAGGCAACCAUCCCGAGGACUACUCCAGGUUGACCUACAGGAAGCUCCUGGAGGAGGUGUGCAGGUUCGCCAACGUGUUGAAGUCCAAGGGCGUAGGAAAGGGCGACCGAGUCGCGAUCUACAUGCCCAUGGUCCUGGAACUGCCCAUCGCCAUGCUGGCGUGCACCAGGAUCGGCGCCGUCCACACCGUGGUGUUCGCAGGGUACUCGUCGGAUUCGCUGGCAGAGCGGAUGUUCGACUCCAAGGCGAAGGUGCUGGUGACGUCCGAUGGCGCCUGGAGGGGUGAGAAGCUCUUGUUGCUGAAAUCCAUCUGCGACGAGGCCCUUGAUAAGGUCGCCAAGCUCGGCCACGAGGUCGAGUGCUGCAUCGUCGUGGCGCACCUGCGCAGAGUGACCAACCCUAAGGGAAGGUCGGAAGGUAAAUCCAAUGGAGUGAACGGUGCGACGAAAAACGGGGAACCCGGGGACCUGGAGUCGGUAUCCUGGCGAGAGGGUCGAGACUUCUGGUGGCACGACGAGAUGGAAGAUGCCGAGCCCAGCUGCUACCCCGUCUGGGUGGGAUCGGAGGAUCCGCUCUUCGUCCUGUACACCAGCGGCUCCACCGGCAAACCGAAAGGCGUUCUCCACACGACGGCCGGUUACUUCAUCUACGCUGCCACGACCUUCAAGUACGUCUUCGACUACCACCCUGAGGACGUCUACUGGUGCACCGCGGACAUCGGCUGGAUCACCGGGCACACAUACGUGGUCUACGGUCCCCUGGCGAACGGAGCAACUUCUGUCCUCUUCGAGGGCACGCCGUUUUUCCCGCGGAACGACAGAUACUGGUCCAUCGUCGAGAAGUACAAGGUCAGCCAGUUUUACACGGCUCCAACUGCGAUCAGGUCCCUGAUGAAGUUCGGCGACGAGCCGGUCAAGCGACACGACUUGAGUAGCUUGAAGGUCCUGGGGUCUGUCGGGGAACCCAUCAACCCGGAAGCCUGGCUCUGGUUCUACGACCUGGUGGGACAUGGCAAGUGCAGCAUCGCCGACACCUUCUGGCAAACGGAGACCGGAGGUCACGUCAUCACUCCUCUGCCUGGAGCAACGCCCAUGAAGCCCGGAUCCGCGACCUUCCCAUUCUUCGGCGUAUUGCCCGAGCUGCUGGACGAGGACGGCCACGUGAUCGAAGGCGAGGGCGAGGGCUACCUGGUUUUCCGGAGACCCUGGCCCGGGAUGAUGAGGACUCUUCUGGGUAACCACGAGCGCUUCCAGAAGACCUACUUCGACAGAUUCCGCGGGUUCUACUGCACGGGCGAUGGUGCAAGGCGCGACGCCGAUGGAUAUUUAUGGGUGACCGGAAGAGUGGACGACAUGUUGAACGUGUCAGGUCAUCUGAUGUCCACUGCCGAGGUCGAAAGCGUCCUGGCGGAGCAUCCUUCCGUGGCGGAGGCCGCGGUGGUCAGCAAGACUCACCAGGUCAAGGGUCAGUGCCUCUACUGUUUCGUCACGCCGAACGAGGGGGCCUCCUUCGACCGCAAGCUGCAGGACGAGCUGAAGAUAAGAGUCCGAGAGAGGAUCGGUCCGUUCGCCCAGCCGGACGUGAUCCAGCACGCGCCAGGGUUACCGAAGACGCGGUCCGGGAAGAUCAUGCGGCGGAUCCUGCGUAAAAUCGCAGCAGGUGACAGGAACGUCGGGGACGUGUCUACUCUAGCCGACGAGGGCAUCGUGGACGUCCUCUUUCAGCUGAGGCCAAAGGCCUAGAUCCAUCUCGAGCGAUGACGAAGAUAUAAGAUAAAGGAAGAACGAAGGAGGCGCUCCUGGAGGUCGCUCCCCACGUAGACGAGUACCGCUUCUCGGCUCUCCGUCACUGGCUGAUGGUUCCUUCUAGAUUGUCCGCAUACGUCCAAGGAUUCCUGCAAUUGUCGAGUCGGAACGUUAGCGGGUGGUCUCGCCGUCUCUCUGUCGCGCAAAUAUACCUUCAUCCACGUCGACGCACAACCCGGUGCUGCUUCGGGUAAGCGGAAUUAAGGAGGGAGAAAAAUAGGAAUGAUCCUGGAAUAGAUGAAAGACCCCCGGAGAAGCGACGUCGAGGCCUCCGAUAACGUCCAGCUACGAGAUGUCAGGAUCUAGCCGCGUCGAGGUGGACCUCGAAGAGGUCCUGCCUGCUCCGGGAGGAUUCCGCGCCUCGUCGAAAUCCAGCAGGUUCUGUUGGCCUAUACCUGGAAACUAAUGAAAGUAAUGAGAGAUCUGCGAUACGAGUUAAAUAUUAUGUCACGAGCAUGUAUAUUAUAUAUAUUAUGUAUAUAUAUAUAUGUACACACAGGGGAGCAGCGCGCUCGAGGCGCGCGCCGCGCCCCGCGAUAUAGGUUAGUUUCCACCGAACGCUCGUUACGCCUCCUAAAGGCGCACGAAAAGUCCUAUUUCCUCUAGAAUCAUCGUUUACACUAAACGCUUGACGCAAAAGUACGCAUUCUAUGUCGCGUAACGAGCGAUCCAUGUAAAGUAAGCCAUAACUGGGGGCCUUUCGUCCCGCCGUCCCUCGGGGCGUCGCAUACAUAUCAUUCCACGUGGAACAAGUGUAGAGAUAUAGUCGCGCGGUACCUUGCGAUAUAUGUAUACAAAUAUAAAUAUAAAUAUACAUAUAUAUAUAUA